ACGCACAGCUGGCAACGGUUUCACGCUAGUAUGCAAAAGACCACCUUGAGGAAACAUCUUCUGCAUGUACAGUAGGCCUGUGGAAAAACCAUACGCACAUAGGAUAUGAAGUAAAGAGGCCUUUUUAUUUAGAAGGGGGCAUGAAACCUGAUAAUUAAUGAAUCCAAUAUUGAACAUCAAGAUAUUAUAUAAUGUAUAUGUAGUAGCCUACAUAUAAUAUGUGGCACAUGAUAAGUGUAUCUUCUCUAAAUGUAGCCUAGGUCAUGCUUAUAUAAUAUUUACAGAGGUAAUGACACACACGGGACACAAACUACUUAAAGCACACACGAAGCAAGUGAAGCAUUUGGAUUAAAAAAAAAAAAAAAAACGUUUGGGCAUUGUUUUGUUACCAAACUUCAUAAAGCACCCUUUUGCAGGAAACUUGCCAGACACUUCGCCUUUUGCACCAAAUUAAAUACACAGUCAAUUGGUGUUACCCACUGUCACCUCCGUUUGCCUAAAGUUAGGCACCGUGAUUGGUCAGCAAGGCUUCUCAUUUGCAUAGGGCUGUGCGUAAAAGCCAAUUGUGUUAACAGUGUCUGAAUAUCCACAGAGAGCUGGUCAGUUCAACAGGACGCGUUGAGUCACGCAGUGUAGCACACUGUUUAGAUGGACUGUUAGCUGAUAAUUAAGCUCAUUUUUUAGACGUAGAAGUCAUGAACAAUAGAGUUAAAGAAACGAUGAUAGUGAGGGUCAGCUUUGUGCUUCUCUUGGCGCUUUGUGCUGUGGGUGGCACAACAACAAAGUACUACAGCUACGAGGAGGACGCCCCUGGCACUUUUAUUGGGAAUUUAUCUGAUGACUUGAAAAUCGACCGAGCCGAGGAUCCCAACACAAGUUUCCGCUUCAUGCAAGAGACAAACUCCACUUUGAUUCACAUGAGAGCGACUGACGGGCUUCUGACUGUGGGAGACCGCAUCGACCGGGAAAGCCUCUGCCAGCGCUCCCCCCGGUGUCUCGUCACUUUCGAUGUGGUGGUUUUCUUCAAAGAGAAGUUUCUUUUGAUACAUGUGGAAAUCCACGUUAGAGACAUAAACGACCACUCCCCUGAAUUUCAGAGAAACACAACGGACUUGGAAAUAUCAGAAAAUGUGUUAGUGGGGUCACGGUUUCCACUGGACGCGGCGGUCGACCCGGACGUCGGCAACAAUUACAUUCAAACUUACGAACUUUUGCACAACAGCCACUUUGGCAUCGAAGUGCGGAAUAGGGAGGAUGGCACCAAGUACCCUGAACUGAUUUUGAUUAAAGCGCUUGAUAGAGAAGUCGAGGAGAAUUACACACUUGAAGUAAUUGCGAGUGAUGGAGGCAGUCCUCCCAAAUCUGGGUCAAUGAGUGUUAAUGUCAAAGUUUUAGACUUUAACGACAAUAGCCCAGUAUUCGAGCACGACACACUCAAAGUUGAAUUCCCCGAAGACGCACCAGUCGGUUUUCUUCUCCUUAAAGUGCACGCAUCUGAUCCUGACCAGGGACUCAAUGGGGAAGUGCGGUACGACUUUGCUGAGGGGUCCCAGGAAGAGGUCAAAGGCACAUUUCAAAUCGACCCGAUUACUGGCGCAGUGACCCUGAAGUCGCCAGUCGAUUUCGAGACGAAGAGAUCCUACGAGCUGAAUAUUCAGGCGUAUGACAUGGGCCUCAACUCGAUUCCAUCGACCUGCAAAGUCGUGAUUGAAGUCUUGGACGUGAACGACAACCCACCCGAGAUCAACAUCAAACCGAUGACAUCGAUGAGUGACGGAGUGGCGUACAUAACAGAGGCUGCGGCAGUGGAGAGUUUCGUCGCUUUGAUCAGCACCUCGGACAGAGACUCGGGCGAAAACGGCUACGUGCGCGUGAGUUUGAAUGGGCACGAGCACUUCAAACUGCAACAGGCUUAUGGCAAUUCUCUUAUGGUUGUUACCACGACUACGCUGGACAGAGAAAAGAUCAACGAGUACAACCUGACAUUCGAGGCCGAAGAUAUGGGCUCUCCGCCUUUCAAAACUUUGAAGCAGUACACGGUCAGGGUAAGAGAUGAAAACGACAACCCGCCAACAUUCAGUAAAUCCGUAUACGAAAUAUCAGUGAUGGAGAACAAAGCUUCUGGUGCUUACAUUGCCACAGUGGUAGCCCGUGACCCCGAUGCCGGGGAGAACGGAAAAGUGACUUACAAACUCAUAGACGGCGAGACACCAGGGGGCGCGCCACUGUCCUCUUUUGUUUCAAUAGAUCCUCUCUCAGGGUCACUCCACACAGUCAGGGCUUUUAAUUACGAGUCUGUAAAGCAAAUUGACGUGCCGAUUGAAGCCACAGACAGCGGUUCACCUCAAAUGUCCAGCACAACUGUAGUCAGAAUCAAAGUUCUGGACCAAAACGACAACGCCCCUUUCAUCCUGUACCCGGUUCUGUUAAAUGACUCCGCUGAUGUUCCCCUUCCUUACAAUGCUCCAGCUGGCUACCUCGCUCUGAGGGUCAAGGCCAGAGACUCGGAUGAAGGCAUGAAUGGAGAGCUCACCUACAGGCUGGUUGAGGACAAACAACAACUCUUCUCCAUCAGCAAACUCGGCGGAGAGCUGGUUCUAAAAUAUGGCCUGUCGUUCACACUAGGAGAUGUCCUGGUGGUGAAGAUUGCCGUCACGGACAGCGGCAGGUCUCCGCUCUCCUGCAUCGCCACUGUCCGGUUUGAGGUCACGGACAUGGCCAUCAACGAGGAGCCGAUCCUGGUGCUGCUGCAGUCACACGAAGACUCGGAGGGCCCUGAGGCUGUGGACACCUCCCUGAUCAUCAUCAUCUUGCUUGGCGUCGGCUGUGCUCUUCUGCUGGUGGCCAUCGUGACUGUGGCCCUCUCCCGCAGGUGCGGCCAGCGAGACAGGUCUCCGGACUCAAAGAAGGGCUCCACCGGUGGACUCAUCAGAAGGAUGCCUCUCCCUGGCCACAGCAUCGACUCAGGAGAAUCCGACACCUACAUGUCCACCCAGAGCUCCACAGUCAAUGAACAGCUUUCCUCUGUCUCCACACAUGAUGACUCGUACGAUGAACAGCACAGCACAGACUCCAACAAUAGGGUGUUCAGACCUCUUCUCGGCAAGAGCCAUUUUGAAUCUGUGGCUGUUUGGCAGGGUGACAAAUUCACAUCACAAAUAAGCGGCAUCGGCUCCACUGAUCAGACGAGCGUGAAGGACAGUGGGAAAGGAGACAGCGACUCCAAUGAUAGCGACUCCGACAUCAGUGGAGAGGCUGCUCGCAAAGUGCCGUGCAAUAUUCAGCCACAGGCAAACAACUCCUUCUACACUGGGCCAGUGGAAAGACUCGGUCAGCCCUACGAGAUCCCGACCUACUCCUCCAGCAGCCUCAUGGCCAACGGUGGUUACACAAUAGCCUUCUCCCGUGCCUCUGCCUACGGCCCGAUGCACGUGGAUCCCCAGGCCCCAUACUGGAGAGAGCGUGGCUACCACACGAGGCUCCCGAAGGUGGCACUUCCUGGGCAGCGCCCGGCUCCCCUCUGCCACAGGACGGGCACCCUGCCCACCCAUUUAAGCCACCACCGGUAUGACUACCAUGCGCAGCUGGAUCAACAAUUCCCCUACACCCCACGGGAGCUGGCAGAGGUGGUGGUUCAGCCACAGACCUCCUUUUGAGGGGUAGACAGAAGGACGAUGGCUUGGCCUAUGGCCACCAGAGAGACUGAGAAUGAAUGCUUUUGUCUCUGCAAAUUUGACAGCAGUCUUGGAUAACGGCUAAGCUCUUUAAAGCUCCUGGUCCCAAAUCUUUUUUCUUCUUUUUCAUUCAAGCUUUGCUCGUUUCCUCUCUUCGAUGGCCAAUGGGAUGGAAAUGUUUGCUACAGUGGACAAAAUAAGACCGAUUGCUUUUGUAAAAAUCUAUCACACUGAAACUGGGCCAUGUAUUUGACCAUGUAAAUAUUCAAGUGUAUAUAUAGAAUCUGUAUAUAGUUAACAAUAUAUUUAUUUUCUUUUGGUGACAUUUGAAAAUGUAUAAUUUUGUUGGUGAUACAUUUUGUGGUCAAUAUUUGUAAUGUUUUGUACACAACCAAAAAUAUGUGAUUGACUCUACUAUUUUUUAGUAUAAAAUUAUUAUAAUAUCAUAGACAUCUGUCAGAUAACCAUAAUAUCGGUUUUCUUCAUCUGUGUGCAACGUGUCAUGAAUUACAGAUAAAUAAAGACCAAAGUACAGAAAAUAUGUGCAUGGUUGUGGUGUAUGGCCUUCAUGCGCAUUGAUCUUGGCCUACCUGCCCUGUUGACAAUGAACAAAACAGUGCAGGCAGGCACUGACAUCAAAAGUCACCUUACAGCAGAUGUAUGUGGCUAUAAGGGAUUUCAUAUUUACCUUUGCUUCAAGAGCAGAGCUUUCUAAGAAACACCCUAGGCAUUUUAACUCCUUAUCUUAAAUGGAUUAGGGUGAAGGUCAGCACAGGAUCCAGUUAGAGAUUGUCAGAGGUUGAGAAGGCAGUGUCAACAAAGUGCCAUCCAUC